GAUGAUGAUGUGACGGUGGGAAAGUUCUAUGCCACAUUCCUAAUCCAGGACUACUUCCGUCGGUUCAAGAAGAAGAAGGAACUAGCAGCAAAAGAGGGGGAUAAGAGCGAAAUCACUGUCACGCUCCAGGCUGGAUUGCGGACAUUGCACGAAGCCGGGCCGGAGUUGAAGCGAGCCAUUUCAGGGAACCUCGAUCAGCUGUUGGAAGACGAUCCAGAACCGAUGCAUCGG